UAAAUGUGUAAUGGAAAUUCUCAGAAGCAGCAUCUUUGUAAACACCACACGUCAUCAUGUUUUGACGGCGAGGUCGUAGGGGGUCAACUCGCCACGGACAGGACAGAUAAGGAGGCCAAACCCCCCCCCGAUACACUGCGUAACUGAGAUAAAGCGAAAAAGCGACAUAAACCCACACGCCUUUGGCCAUUGCUCAUUUCCUCGUCUCUUCCUUGUGAGAGCUGUGGGCCCGUUUGCAAACGUGUGAUUAAACUUGCAGAAAUACAGAGCUGACUCGGUGCUGAAAGUGAAACCUGCGCACAGCUAGAGGACUCAGCCUCCCGUCAAAGAGGGUGGAGACGAGAGAAUGAGCGCACGGCUGACGGCGUUUGAAAAUGGAGGGCCAGGGGAAGAGGAAGGGGCCGAGGGCGCAGAGGGACAAGAGAUAGAAGAUCUGAUGUCUGCUUCAAGUGCGGAAAGACCGGACGUUGGGCCUGAGGCUGUCCCGAAAACAAAGAGACAGAUAGAUGACAUGAAAAUGCAGAAUCAGAACACAAAAAGGUUGACCUCCACCGCAGCUGCCCCUGAUCAGGCCCAGAAAAAUGUCAUCCCGAAGGUCCGCUAUCACCCGACCAUCCAGACUCCAACACGUGGAGACGGAGCACGAGCCAAAACCAGAACUAGUCAAAACCAGAAGACUAGACCUCCUGUACACCACGUUCACAAUGGUACUGAUAAUAAGGCUCAGGUUAAUCCAGUUCCUGCUGUGAGACGACGUCCUAAUGGAGGACAAAAACAAAAACAGAGAGCUGCUACAGAUCCAGAUCCAAAACAAAAACCAGAUGAGCUCUCUGACACAGCCACUCCCAGACCAGAGCAGGUCUCUCUAGAUUUGGAAGUUCCACUGGACAGGUCUGUUGUCAAAGAAGUGGAGGUUCAGACCCGUGGACAAAGAACCAAUCAGAACUGGUUUGACUGGAGGAAGAACCGGAUCACAGCCUCUGUGGCUCACUACAUCGCUAACUGCCGCUUUGUUAACGGCAAGAGUAAAACCCCGCCCAUUUCCUAUGUGGCGGCUGUGACAGGUCAGAGACGGAGCAUCCAUACCAGAGCCAUGAACUGGGGGAUCCACAUGGAGGCAGAGGUGGUCCGCAAAUAUCAGGAAAUGAAGACCACUGCCUUGGGUCGGCCGGUCUUGGUUCGAGAAUGUGGUCUGUUCAUUGAUGAUCAGCGACCCUGGUUGGCUGCAAGUCCUGACGGCAUCGUGACGGACAGGCAGACCGGCCAAUGGCUGCUCUGCCUGGAAGUGAAGUGUCCCUACAAGCACAGAAACAGUUGGGUGGAGGACGCCUGCAGGAACGACCGCGCCUUCUGUCUGGAAAUACAGGAUCGUGACGGAUCGCAGCCCGGAGAGUCCCCGGUCUACAGUCUGAAGAGGACUCACAGUUACUUCACACAGAUCCAGUGUCAGCUGGCAGUGACGGGCCUACAGCAGGCCGACCUCGUCGUCUUCACCCUGAAGGAGACGGCCAUCGUCCCGGUGACCUUUGACCCUGACUUUUGGGAAAAAACGGCAUCCAAACUGGAGAAGUUUUACAAGGACGCCGUCCUGCCUUACAUUAGAGAGAGGAGACAGCAGGAUGCAAAAGCAGCCGGGACUCCAGAGCCAUAGAGCCCCAGCAGCUCUGUGGCGACUUCUGUGGAGCUGCAGGACGAACUGUGACAUCAAACCGUCCUAUCUGACGUCACAUGACCUCCACUCACGUUCUCCAUGGACCAUUUUGCUUUAGAAAGACCUUUUUUCUUUUAAAUCACCUGAAUUCACGCUGACUAAUUCCUGCUUUAUCUCCAUCGACAGCCGCUAAGCCUUGUCCUGCUCCACACGGGCAUGACGACGUCUUCCCAGCCUGGGAUCAAUCAAGUAUAUCUAUCCAUCUAUCCAUCUAUCUAUCUAUCCAUCUAUCUAUCUAUCCAUCGAUCUAAAUCAUCACAUGCUGUGGCUCCGUUUGCAGACGGAUGAAUUAAACUUGCGAGUUGACUUUGA